GAGAGAGAGAGAGAGAGACUGCAGCGGUGGUGAAGGGCUGUAUGUAUGACUCUGAGGAAGGUCCACCAUCAUCCGCCCGUUUGGGAGCGCAGGGAAUUCUGUGUUUUCCCGGGAAUGUCGCGGGCGUGCGCUGAUCAAGUGUGAUGACGGUAAGCCGUGAGCGCGGCUCGUGCGCGUGGUAUUGAGCUGUAGGGAAGGGCGCGCGCGUGUGUUUGUGUUCAUGUGUGAGGAGAAUCAAAGUGAACUGGCUCUUAGCUCUCGGCUAACAUUAGCUGGAUCUCCCGCAGUGCUCGUCAUGUGAACGAAAGUGACUGCUGUCCUCAGUCCAUCUGUUCCCCUGCUCUUCACCUUCAGCCUCGGCCUGGUCUGUGAGCAGUCAUGACCAAAUCAUACGAGUUCAACUGGCAGAAACACAUUCCUGACUUCCUGCAGGAAGGAGCUGUGUUUGACCGCUUCGAUGAGGAUCCCUUCGUCUUUGAGCCCAGCUGCCAUUUCAAAGUGGACGAGUUUGGCUUCUUUCUCACGUGGAAAAGUGACGGAAAGGAAGGACAGCUUCUAGAAUGUUCUCUGAUCAACAGCAUCCGUCCUGGAGUCGUGCCGAAGGACCCGAAGAUCCUGGCGUCUCUGGAAGCCACGGGGAAGAGCGAGGUGGAUCUGGACGGUCGCAUCUUCUGCGUCUGCAGCGGGCCGGACCUGGUCAACCUCAGCUUCAUGUACGUGGUGACGGAGAGCACAGAUACGGCCAAGAAAUGGAUGGAAGGAUUGAAAUCAGUGAUUCACAACUUCAAGGCGAAUAACGUGUGUCCAAUGACGUGCCUGAAGAAACAUUGGAUGAGACUCUCCUUCGUGACGAAUGUCAACGGCAAAAUCCCGGUUCGAGGCAUAACACGGACGUUCGGCUCGGGUAAAACAGAGAAAGGAAUCUUCCAGGCACUGAAGGAGCUCGGUCUCCCCAGUGGAAAGAAUGAUGAGAUCGAGCAUUCAGCCUUCACCUUCGACAUCUUCUAUGCUCUGACGCAGAAGAUCUGCCCUCGCACGGACAUUGAGGAGCUCUUCAAGAAGAUCAACGGAGACAAAAGUGAUUAUUUAACCGUAGAGCAGUUAGUCAGCUUUCUGAAUGAAAACCAGCGGGACCCUCGACUCAACGAGAUCCUCUUCCCCUUCUAUGAUGCCAAACGAGUCAUGCAGAUCAUUGAGAAGUACGAGAGAGACGCUGACUUAAAAAAGAAAGGUCACAUGUCCAGCGACGGCUUCUGCCGAUACCUGAUGUCAGACGAGAACGCUCCGGUGUUUCUGGACCGUCUGGAUCUGUGUCAGGAGAUGGAGCAUCCGCUGGCUCAUUACUUCAUCAGCUCCUCACACAACACGUAUCUGACGGGUCGACAGUUCGGAGGCAAGUCCUCGGUGGAGAUGUACCGUCAGGUGCUGCUGUCCGGAUGCAGGUGUGUGGAGCUGGACUGCUGGGAUGGUAAAGGUGAGGAUCAGGAGCCCAUCAUCACUCAUGGGAAGGCCAUGUGCACCGACAUCUUGUUCAAGGAUGUGAUUCAAGCCAUAAAGGAAACGGCGUUUGUAGCGUCUGAAUAUCCUGUCAUUCUGUCCUUUGAGAACCACUGCAGUAAAACGCAGCAGUAUAAGAUGGCCAAGUAUUGCGAGGAGAUCUUCGGAGAGCUGUUGCUGAAGCAGCCGCUGGAGGGAUUCCCAAUCGAAGCCGGGCAGCCGCUGCCGUCACCAAACGACCUCAAGCGCAAAAUCCUGAUCAAGAACAAGCGCUUGAAGCCUGAAGUGGAGCAGAAGCAGCUGGAGUCAUUUAAGAAGCACAUGGAGGCAGGAGAGAUGAGCAUCCAGACUGGAGAAGAUGAGAACGAUGAAGAUCUGGACAGCGCGCUGGAUGGUAAAGAGCUGAUCUCGGAUCUGAAGAGCAGUAACACUCUGAGUCUGUCGGAGGAUCGCAGUGAUGCAGACGCUCAGGACAGCUUCAGGAGGAAGACUCCAGAUGAAGACGUCACCGAGAGCUCCGAGGCCGCUGAGAUCACGGACGUGUCUGAAGCGUCGGAGCUGGAGAACAAGAAGAAGGGAGUGGAGACGGCUGAAGAAGCUGACGCCGAACAGCAGCUCAUCGCCUCCUAUAAAUAUGAAGGAGCCACGACCAACAUCCACCCGUUCCUGUCCGCUAUGGUCAACUACGCUCAGCCGGUCAAGUUCCAGGGCUUCGAGGUCGCCGAGGAGAGGAACAUCCAUCACAACAUGUCGUCCUUCAACGAGUCUGUGGGUUUGGGCUAUCUGAAGACCAACGCCAUCGAGUUUGUGAACUACAACAAGCGACAGAUGAGCCGCAUCUACCCCAAAGGAGGCCGCGUGGACUCCAGCAAUUACAUGCCUCAGAUCUUCUGGAACGCCGGCUGCCAGAUGGUGUCUCUGAACUUCCAGACUCCAGAUCUGGGAAUGCAGCUGAAUCAGGGGAAGUUCGAGUACAACGGCGCAUGCGGGUACCUCCUCAAACCAGACUUCAUGCGCCGCGCCGACAGAAUGUUCGACCCCUUCUCUGAGACGCCAGUAGAUGGAGUGAUAGCAGCGACCUGCAGCGUACAGGUGUUCUCAGGUCAGUUCUUAUCGGAUAAGAAGAUCGGCACGUAUGUGGAGGUGGACAUGUACGGUCUUCCCACGGACACCAUCCGGAAAGAGUUCCGCACACGGAUGGUGAUGAACAACGGCCUGAACCCGUACUACAACGAGGAGCCCUUCGUCUUCAGGAAGGUGAUCCUGCCGGAUCUGGCCGUGCUGCGCAUCGCUGUGUACGACGACAACAACAAGCUGAUCGGUCAGAGGAUCCUGCCGCUGGACGGACUGCAGGCCGGUUACAGACACAUCUCGCUGCGCAACGAGGGGAACAAGCCUCUGUCACUGCCCACCGUCUUCUGCAACAUCGUCCUGAAGACAUACGUGCCAGACGGCUUCGGCGCCAUCGUUGACGCUCUUUCUGAUCCAAAGAAGUUCCUCACCAUCGCAGAGAAACGCGCUGACCAGAUGCGAGCUCUCGGGAUCGAUACGAGUGACAUCGCAGAAGUGCCCAAUGAGAACUGUAAGAGUGAUAAGAAGGGAAGAGUGAGUCAGGUGAAGACCAGCGUGACGCCGCAGAGCAGCUCCGAGGUGAACGCCACGCAGAACAACAUCAGCGAGAGCAAGCGCGAUAAUUCUGCCAUUUUGAAUCAGGUGAACAUUGAAGAUUUAAAGCAGAUGAAGACCUUCAUUAAACUGAUGAAGAAGCAGCAGAAGGAACUGAACACGCUAAAGAAACGACACGCUAAGGAACACAACGCCAUGCAGAAAUCACACUGCACACAGGUGGACAAGCUGGUGGCUCAGCACGACAAGGAGAAGUUCAUGCUGGAGAAGCUGCUGGAGAAGGCCAUCAAGAAGAGAGGAGAAAACAACUGCUCCGAGUUAAAGAAGGAAACGGCCGUUAAGGUUGAGACUCUCACGACAGACCAUAAAGAAAAGGUGAAGGACAUGGUGGCGCAGCACACUAAAGAGUGGUCAGAGAUGAUCAACUGUCACAGCACAGAGGAACAGGAAAUGAAAGACGCCCAUGUGACGCAGCAGUGUGAGCUCCUCAAGAAGCUGCUGGCCAGCGUUCAGGAGCAGCAGACACUGCAGCUCAAGCUCAUCCACGAGCGGCAAAGCAAAGAGAUGAAGGCCAAUCAGGCGAAGACGUCGAUGGAGAACAGCAAAGCCAUCAAUCAGGACAAGAGCAUCAAAAACAAGGCAGAGCGCGAGAGGAGAGUUCGGGAGCUGAACAGCAGCAACACCAAAAAGUUCCUGGAGGAGAGAAAAAGGCUGGCCAUGAAGCAGGCGAAGGAGAUGGAGCAGCUGCAGAAAUCCCAGCGAGAGCAGCUGGACAAACUGGAGAAGUUCAACGAGCAGCUUUUGAAAUCCCAUCAUGCAAACAGUCAGACUCAAGGCCAAAGACAUGCAGAAGAUGGUGAAGCUGGAGGAGGACAUGGACCGCAGACCAGCCACGGUGGUGUAAGCUCUCCGUCCUCCACAGGAGCGAGCUGAAGAGUCCGUCUUCAUCCGUGCUUCAUCCCAGUCUGUAGUCUAUAAGCCCCGCCCAUUCUCCCUACCUCAGCUCUAGCCCCGCCCACCACAGUUAACUCCUCCUCUGCAGCGGCGUCCAGCCAAUCCGGCUCUUACUGUAGCUCCGCCCACUCUGCUCAGAUGAGCUCCUGAGGACAGACUCAUCACACGUUUUUAUACACCACCAUCCUCAUCUUCCUCAUCUUCAUCAACAGCGCUGCAGCGUCAGCUCUAAAGUGUUCUUUCAACUCGUAUCUUCACUGAGCUAGUAAACUGUAGCAGAGUGAGACGAGUCGGAGUGGUUUGUCUCACUCUCUGAACGAUGUGCUUUUCUCCCGUCCUGAGCACUUUAUAUGUGUUAGGAUUCAGAGGAUCUGUGAGGAUGUAGCAGAGCUCUAGCUUUCCUCUGAACACACUACGAAUGUAGACGCACAGUCUCACACCAGUGUCCCGAGCUUUUAUCAUCUGUUCCUCUCCGUUUUUAAGAUCCGACUCGCACCUCAUUUUAUUUCUGUGGUUUUAAUCAGGCUUUGAGAUGGAGAUGAUGGAGGUGCUAUCCUGAGAACCGCACGGAAACCAUCUGCUCCUCUCUGACAGCACACUGAACUUUGGCUGCACUUGUGUUUGUGUUGUUUUAUUUUCCGCUGUAAUGUAUUGCUACUUGUUUUAAAGAAAGGUGAUCGUACACUGCAAAAAAAAACAUGUUCUUAGUACUCAUGGAUUGUUUACCAGUAAAAAUAACUAAACCACAAAACAUAAAUCAAGAUGACAAUCACAAUGACGAGAUGUUUCUGGAUAGUGUAUCAAAAUUAGAUGCGUUUAUUCUUAAAACAAGAAAGAAACAGGCCAGUGGUCAGAAAAACUUCUCUUUGGAUGAAGUGUAUUGUUCUGAGCCCAUCUGCAGAUAUCUGUUCUUGUUUUAAUCAUAAACUCUCUUCAUCUUGAUCAGUUUCUCAGAAACGAGACUUCACGUGUGGUUUGCGUCUCCAGUAAAGGAGUCUUGAUUUAAGGAUGUUUAGAGAUUAGUUCUGGAGAACCAGACAGAAACACUCAUGUCCCGGCUGGUGUCUGCUUUUAUUUGUUUGAUUAUAUGUGUGUUGGUUGUUGUGAGCUUUCCAUCGGUUGUUUUAUUCCUUUCUUCUUCUUUUCUUUGCAUCAUGUUUUAAAGUGUUUGGCGGUGAACACAUAUCUCGUGUGAAAGCAAAGUGCUUUAAAUCUCCAUCGCUUACAAAUGUGCCACUAUAUGUCAGGUAGGACGUUUAAAUUAUUUUACAAGAUAAAUGCCAAAAUAAGGGGUUAUUUAUAUAAAGAUGCAUAUAAAUAUAUAAUAGUGAGUAGUUUAAGACUACGUUUGGUUUCGUAGAAGCUGUUUGCACUAGCUGAAUGUUUUCUGUUGUGCGACCUCCACGUAGACCUUUGCUCUGAUAUUAUAGUUUGCAGAAAAGCAGAUUAUUUUUGCAGAACUGUCGCGCUCUGAAUUUCAUCCGUUUCUAUUUGUUUGUCUUCUGAGCUUUCUGUAGCUUCUCAAUGGAUCAUGCUGUAAGUGCUUUUGUAUUUAUAAAUAUAUAUCGUAUUUGUCAAACUUCUAGCAAUGAAAAUACUCAGAAAAUACUGUUGUUAUCCUGCUACUUUAAUACUGUUUUAUAGUAUGUGUCCCAAUAAACUCUCCCAGGUGUUAAAUGAAAA